AUGUCGCUCUUCGGCUCCUCUCCCGAGGACUCUCCGCUGGCCAGCAAGGCAGCGCAACGUUCAUCAUCCUCGUCGAGAGUGAAAUCAAGCCUGUUUGCGGACGAUCCCUCCUCGCUGUUUGGAGCAGACGAGGGCUUCUCGUCCCACAGCAACAGCAAUAAGAAUAACAGCAACAGCAAUUCCAGAGGCGUGGCUGACAACGAGGACAACAACGACAACGGAUAUUCAUCGCCCUGGGAUAUGCCUACACCAAGGAAAUCUGGCUCGAGACAGCAGAUUGUCAAGACCCUCCUACCCUCGACGGAAGUCCCCGAGACCUACGUAGAUGCGUUUGACGCGCUGGCUGGUGCUGGGGGAGGUGCCGGCGGGGUCAUCAGUGCUGAGAACGUGAAAAGCCUUCUCGGAAGCACGCAUUUGAGCUCCUCGGAGCAGACGGGGAUCCUUAAUCUGGUGACGAACAAUGGAGCUCAGCAGAGCCUGGAGAGGAGUGAGUUUAAUGUCCUUCUGGCGCUUGUAGGGCUGGCGCAGGAGGGUGAAGAUGUUACUCUGGACAGCGUCGACGAGCGCAGGAAGAGACUGCCGGAACCUAAUAUUCCUUAUAUCACUCGUAUACAGACUGGAAAUGCGGAAAACGGAACGGCUGCUCAACAAUCUAUGCAAGAACACACUGUCCAGAUCCCACAAACACGCCGUAGACUACGACAGGAUUCAUUUGGCCCAGAAGCAGACCCCUGGGGAAGCCCAGUAAACCGUCAGCCGGCCCACCGCCCCAACCCAGGUGCAACGAAUGGGUUUUCUUCUACUCAUGAAGCUCCCGAACCAGAGGCAAUGCCAAAGCCCAAUACCCAGAUUGAACCUCGGAAUUUUGCAAGCACAAGAUCGAACGAGUCGACCGGUGCGCCCGCGAGCGUUGGCUCUGGAUGGGGAGGUGGUGGAUUUGGGAACCCGUCGUCCGCAAGUGGAUUUGGAAAUUAUGAUCAGGGCGCAUUGGGUGCUGGGUUUGGCCAAUCCGACAGCGGACAGGCCAACGCCAGCCGUAAUGACCUAUCUAGAUCAUUGGGUGGUGGUCAAGUAAGCAAUUCGGGAAUGGAGGAUGUUAUCACCAUCCAAAUGCUUCCUGAGAAGGAGGGCAUGUUCCUAUUCCAGCACCGCAACUACGAAGUCAAGUCCGCGCGCAAGGCUACCUCCGUGAUCCGAAGGUAUAGUGACUUUGUCUGGCUGGUGGACUGCCUUCAGAAGAAGUUUCCCUUCCGGCAGAUCCCGUUACUCCCUCCCAAGAGGGUUGCAGUCAAUGGCACUCACCUAUCAGCGGAUUCGAAUUCCUUUUUGGAUAAACGUCGCAGAGGCCUCGUCCGCUUUGCUAAUGCUCUUGUGCGUCAUCCGGUAUUGAACCAGGAGCAGCUCGUUGUGAUGUUCUUCACUGUUCCCACUGAAUUGGCUGUUUGGCGUAAACAAGCCUCCAUUUCCGUACAAGAGGAAUUUACGGAUAAGCCCCUUCCUCCGGAUCUGGAAGAUUCUCUGCCGUCUAACUUGACAGAUACCUUUGACACUGUCCGUUCGGGUGUCCGCCGCUCAGCUGACAUCUACAUUAACCUAUGCCUCCUGAUGGACAGGCUUGUAAAACGCCACCAAGGCCUAGCCGCAGAGCAAUUCCGGGUUUCGAGGGCACUCCACGCCCUGACCGAGAGCACGAUGGACACAUAUGCUGCUGACACGGGUGAUGUUCCCCUGUUAAACAAUGGCAUCAAUGCGACUGCCAAUCACUUGCAAACAAGUCAAGGCCUGUUAGAAGACGAAGCAAGGGCUUGGGACCAGGGAGUCCUCGAGGACCUGAAGGCCCAGCGCGACUGCCUAGUCGCUAUGCGAGACGUGUUCGAUCGGAGAGAUCGCUUUGCAAAGGAUAACAUCCCCCAACUCGAACGCCGCAUUGAGAACAACGAGAAGAAGCUUCAGGCCAUCCGCGCCAAACCCGAGGAGGCGGUUAAACCUGGGGAAGCGAAGAAGGUUGAAGACGCCAUUAUCAAGGACAAGGAGUCUAUUGUCCAGCAGCAUGCUCGCGGGGUCUUUAUCAAGGAGUGUAUCCGUGACGAGAUACUAAUUUUCCAACGGAGCCAGUACCGCAUCAGCCUCCUGCACCAAGACUGGAGUCAGGAGAGAGUCAAAUAUGCAGAGCUUCAGGCUGACAACUGGCGAGCCCUGACCGAUGUUGUCGAAGGCAUGCCUACCUCCGAUUAA